GCGCUAAAACGGAAAUGCGGAAGAUGACUUGUCACUGUUGUUGUGGAAGCUAUCGGGCACGUGAGCUAGUGCUACGUCGUCGUAAAAGUGCUAAAAGGCGAUAUGGCGGCUGAUACUCCUCCUAAGGUGUUAUUUGAACAUGAAGGUGUCUUCAUACACUCCAACUCUGAAGACAGUGAAGAACAAGAUCUACUUGUGUCAGGGUUCCUACGGAUCAUUGAUAAGGAUGGUGAAACAAUUGUGGAAUACAAACCCCUGGAGGACACUGUUGAUCCGUCCAACAUGCUCUGCGCUGGCAAGGACUCCAGCUCUGUGAUGGAAUGGACCCGGGGUCCCGGGGAGGAGAGGUCAGAACUUCAGCAGGCCGUGGUGGAGCAGCAGCAGCAGAGCUAUGAGACCGAGUGGGACAUGAUCAACGCAGUCUCCUACCCCAAGAGGAAACCCUGUGCCAACGGAGAGGGUACUUUAAACCACAAUCAGGAGAAAAGCAAGUGGGCCUUUAGCUUCAGUGUUUGGGACCUGAGGUCUGUCAGCGUGAAGAAAGAGGGCUGGACCCGCCUUGUAUUCAAGCUGAAGGAGCCCCCCACUUCCCUGCCAAUGCUCCACUUCCACCAGGGAGGUAGUGAAGGCUUCCUGGACUGCCUGAGGAGACACGCCUCGCUCACAGAGUCCCUGGAUGACAACACCUGCCUGCUGGUUAGCACUCCCAACAGAGCGCUCUCUCAGUCCUUCGAGAAUCUUCUCGAUGACAACAACUAUGGCCUUGUCACCAAGCUCAAGAAGGAUCCUUACGUGACGACGCUGGGCGGCUUCUCUAAGGUCACCAACUACAUCUUCGAUGCGUUCCGCGGUCCUGAGCUGGAGCGGCAGAGGCGCCCCGCGGAGGAGGUGGCAGACCUGGACAUCCUGGAACUGGGAGAAGUAAUCCCUGGCCUGGAGAUCAACCAGCAGGAGGAGCCUGGGUUCGAGGUCAUCACCCGGGUUGACCUGGGAGCCAGGCCAGAGGUAACGAGGCGGGAGCCACUGUCUGCAGACGACUGGGCCGAGCACCAAGAUGCAGAGGGAAGGAUGAGAAAUGUCUCUCACCUUAAGAAAAUGAUUUUCAAAGGGGGCUUGUGCCACGCGGUCAGGAAAGAAGCCUGGAAGUUUCUACUAGGAUAUUACCCCUGGGACAGCACCUACGAGGAGAGAAAGAGCCUACAGAGGAGGAAGACGGAUGAGUACUUCAGGAUGAAGCUCCAGUGGAAGUCUGUGAGUGACGACCAGGAGAGGAGGAACUCUAGGUUGAGAGACUUCAGAAGCCUGAUAGAGAAGGACGUGAACAGAACAGACCGAACCAACCGGUUCUAUGAAGGCAUUGACAACCCAGGCCUGGUAUUACUCCAUGACAUCCUGAUGACCUACUGCAUGUAUGAUUUUGAUCUGGGAUAUGUCCAGGGAAUGAGCGACCUUCUCUCCCCUGUCCUCUAUGUGAUGGAGAACGAGGUGGAGGCCUUCUGGUGUUUUGUCUCCUACAUGGAUCAGAUGCACCAGAAUUUUGAGGAGCAGAUGCAGGGCAUGAAGACUCAGCUGAUCCAGCUCAGUACUUUGUUAAGGCUGCUGGACCUGUCCUUCUGGAACUAUCUUGAGUCGCAGGAUUCAGGUUAUCUGUACUUCUGUUUCCGUUGGUUACUGAUCCGCUUCAAGAGGGAACUUCGCUAUCCAGACGUCCUUCGUCUGUGGGAGGUAAUGUGGACUGGAUUGCCCUGCCAAAACUUUCAUCUGCUGGUGUGUUGUUCCAUCCUAGACUCGGAGAAAAGGAAAAUCAUAGAGGAAAACUAUGGAUUCAAUGAGAUCCUCAAGCACAUUAAUGACCUGUCAAUGAAACUGGACAUUGAAGAAAUCCUUCACAAAUCAGAGGCCAUUUGUAUGCAGAUCAGAAGUUGUAAGGACCUGCCACAUUCAAUAAGCGAGAUCCUUGGAUUCGAUACAGAAAGUGAACUUUCCAAAUUAGAAGAGAGGGAGUUUGGAAUUCCUCUUGAUUCUCCUCAGUCUCCCAGACCCGCACAUAAACAGGAAGUCUUCUCCAAUGGUCACAAUGGACAUUACAGAGAACCCCCAACUCACAAUGGCUGCAAAGUCGCCUUCAUAUCAUAAUGAACAAUAUAAUUCACACAGACACUUUGCAAUGUCCACAUACCAGAAAGAGUAUUUUGGAUAAGUUGGCAACUGAAGCAAUCUCAUUAAGUCCCUAACAGGAGAGAAAUGAGAAGAGAAAAUAAUGUAAAAAGCAUUUAAAAUUAUUCAAAUUGUAUUAUUUUUGUAAUUUCUUGUAUCAUAUUGUCUUUCAUUGAAGUAAGUCAUUCCUUCUCGCCCUGCUAAGGAUUUUUUUGUAAAGACGAGCAAGGUAAGUUUGCAUUGUAAAGUAAUGUGCUGUUUUUAUUUCUAUAUAACCAGUUUGAGUCACGCAAAAGAAUUCAAAUCAAAUCCUGUUAUUGACAUUUUGAUCUAUCCGGAGUUCAAUUAAACAACAAAGGAGAUGCAAAAUGCAUCAUGGGGGUUUUUGUUCUGUACCGUCUUGAAAACCUGACGUUUUGUGGAUUGUAUUUUUGGGCUAAUGAACAGCGCUAAAAGAUAGUUUUGGAACAAACUAUUCCCUUAAUGCUAUGCCACAAUAAAAACAUUUUAAGAUUGAAAAUGUGAAGAAAACUAACUUAAGAAAAAUCUAUCUGAAUCAAAAUAAAAAGAUAGCAUUGUGUUGUUUUGUGAGAUUUUUUUAAUUAUUUUCCACAUUCUUUAUAUUUCUAUAUCAGUUGAAGUGUGGGUCCAGCACCACCACCACUCAUUCUGUGUUGUGAAAGUAUUCCUUUGACUGUACUUCUUACCAAAACAUUAAAUUGCAGACUGUAUUUGAUCCAGGAAAAAAGUUAGAACUGCAGCAAAGUCAAUUCAGGCAAUAAAACCAAACCUUUAGGAUUCAUUAUGACUCAUCCUGUGAAAUAUAUGCCAUGUCCUGUAACAUCCCUUUCCGCCUAUUUCAUCUCAUUGGUUGCAAAAGCACUUCGAUCAAGAAUAAACCUCUUUUCGCAAUUGC